AUGGUAUCGGUGCUCAAAAACCAUCGCCCGGACCUCAUAUAUAUCCACUGCGACUGCACUGAACUAUACGGCGAUAACUGGCAUAGAGUGCAGGCUAUAGCCAAUAGGACGGGUACCAGACUAACGGUGCGAUCCAUAGAGAUGCCGACCCAAGUAUUCGGUAAAAAUCUGAGCGAAGGGUGGCUUAUAUGGCACGCGUCGGAUGUGAGUCGACUACAGGUGCUCCAGGAGUUUGGGGCUCAUAAAAAUGCUAGAUUUUUGCAUUUGUGUUACGAGUCUUUCCGGGACUAUAACCCCAAUGAGUGGUACGUAAACAUAGGCAUACGUCCAGUGCUCGAGAUUAUCAACAAACAGCCGCAUCUCAUACACAGAAUGGACGGACAGUUUGGUGUCAGACCUAAUGUCUGUCCAAUGCUUUACACAGAGGGUAAUGAGUUGUCAUCCAUUGGCUGGUGUUUAGACGACAAGAAACCUCCGGCCUGCCUCGGGUUUAUCCUCGGGCACCAUAUGUCCGGCCCCUCUGACCACCACAAAACUCACACCCCUUUCGUAUUCCUGUAUAAAACCCCCGAUAACCCCAUCGGGAGUCCCAUCGACCGUCCAUUUCCUAACAAAAAAUAUAUUUAA